AUGAAAUGCUCAUGCAGAUUAAAAAACUUCAAUAAGAGCUAUAGAAUUUUUAAAAUCUAGAAGCGAUUGAUAGAUAUUCAAAACAUUGAUGAAAAAUAAAAGUUAGUCAAAGAUCUCAAUGAAAAACUUAGAAUUAAUUAAGAUCAGCAACAGCAGAUUAUAUCAUUAACAAAGCUAACUACUUCUCUGACUGAGGCAUAAGAAGAUACAAAAAAGCAACUAUAAAGAACAACCAGAGAAAAAUCAGAGGCUCUCUAAAAGAUAUAGGAUUUAGAGAAAGCUCUGAAUGAUAUGGCAAUGAAAUAUGGGGUGAUGGCCUAAGAACACUCAGCAGUCAAGGAAACAAAUGUAUUUUUAGAAAAGAAAAUGAGGAAUCUAUCAACUGAGAAUCAAUAAUUUUUAGCUACGCUUAUGGAUUUGAAGGAGAAAUAAAUAGAGAAAUUAGACGAAGCUAAUGAACUAUUUAAAGAAGUUGAAAAAAUGAGGGCAUAAUUACAAUUAUCCAAAUUACCAAAAGGAGUGCUAGAGUUGAUACAAGACUUAACUAAAAAUGGUGAUUUCAAUUUGAUUUAGGAAAUAGUUUCAUAGAUAAAAGAUAUGUAAUUUUAAACAAAUGGUAAUGAGGAACAGAAGAUAGAAAAUGACAUUGUAAGCAAUAAGUAAAGAUCUUAGAGCACAAUCAUGCCAAAUAACAUAGGAUCCUCUAUUCUUUAGAAUGAUUAAAGAACUCGAUCUGAAACAAUGAUUCCAUUCCCCUUAUCCAAAGGAGAACAAGCUCCAUCAAAGGUUGAAAGCAGAUUUAAGGCUCAUGAUAAGGAAGCUACCUGUGUCAAGUUUAAUUGUAAUGGAAAUUUGCUAGCAACUGGAGGUGGAGAUUCAACAAUUAAAAUAUGGGAUCUUAAUAGAUAAAAUGAAUGUACUCCUGUUAAAAUUUUCAAUAAGCCAAUAUCUUGCCUUGCAUUUGCAAGAGAUUAAGAAUCAAUAUUUAUGGCAUGCUCUAUUGAUAGAAAAAUAUCUAUUUGCAAUGCCAAACCUUUUAAGCUAAAUCAAACAAUGUCUGGUCAUUCUUAAAAUAUAAACUCAUGCACUUUUUGCUACUCUCAAUAGCUUGCUCUAACUGCAAGCUCUGACAGAACAAUUAAGAUCUGGAAUUAUGCCACUGGCUCAAAUGUUGCUACAAUGGCUUGUGCUAGUGAGGUAAUGACAUUAGAUAUCUCUAUUACUGAUAGUGUUGUAGCUAGUGGUCACAAAGAUGGGAAUAUCAGGCUCUGGUCAAUUAGAGAUCAUAGCCUGAUCAAAGACCUUAAAAAUUUGCAUGAUGAAGCUAUCACUGAUCUUCACUAUAUGCCUGAUGGGAAUCAAAUUAUAACAAACUCUAAAGAUCAUACAUUGAAGUUAAUUGACACAAGAAUGUUUUAGGUUGUAAAGACUUUUGAAACUGAUCACUACAUAAACUCAAACGAGACUAAUUAGAUAGGAGUGAGUCCCACAGGCAAAUUUGCUGCACUUGGGAGCAAAAAUGGCAAAUUAAUCAUAAUAAAUCUAAAUGAUGGUGAAAUUGAGGAGAUGUUUGAAAAUGAGCAUACAACAUCUAUAGUUGCUUGUGACUGGUCCAAGAGAUUAAGUGCUAAGGUAGCAACUGUAGAUAGCAUCGGCAUUCUAUUUAUCUGGGAUUGA